CUUCCAGUCCUUCUCGAGGUACUUUACGAACGUCUGCCAGCCCCUUGUCCACACUAAGUUCCCAUUUGUCUCAGCAGCCGGCGGCCGCAGCUGGCUUAGCACAGAGCCUUGCUGGUCAGCCUGCCAGCAUGGGCGGUGUGACCCAGCUCCCGCCAGGCCAGCUACCUCAGAGCAGCUCCAGCACCGUCCCGCCCAGGCCCAGGAGUGCCACUUCUCCCCACAUGAGCUUAGUUCCCACCCCGUCCCCAGAAAAAGUGGCUUCCAGUGCUGGUGCCUCCCAUGUCAGCUCCCCGCCAGUCUCAGUGCCAUCCUCACCGGCCUUCGCAGUUAGCAGCCGGUCAAGUCCCGCAUCUAACCCACCUCUACCUCAGCCGACCCCAGCUAACGCUGCUGCUUUCCCCAACCCGUUGUCCGACGUUGGAACAACUGCAGAGGACUUAAACUCCCUGUCUGCCUUGGCCCAGCAAACAAAUAGCAAGCCACCAAAUGUCACUGACUUUGAAGCAAAAAGUACUUCAGGCGAGGCACUCUUUAAACACAAGUGCAGGUUCUGUGCAAAGGUCUUCGGGAGUGACAGUGCCCUGCAGGUCCACUUGCGCUCCCAUACGGGAGAGAGGCCCUUCAAAUGCAACGUCUGUGGGAACAGGUUCUCUACCAAGGGGAACCUGAAAGUCCACUUCCAGCGCCACAAAGACAAGUACCCCCACAUCCAGAUGAACCCCUACCCCGUACCGGAGCACUUGGAAAACAUGCCCCCCAGCACCGGCAACCCCUAUGGCGUGGACAUCCCCCCAGAGAAGCCCGCCACCAGCUGGCUAGACACCAAGCCAGUCCUGCCCACUCUGACCACUCCCGUCGGCCUGCCAUUGCCCCCAACCCUCCCAACCCUCACAGAAGAGCCAGCCCCCACCCCUAUUAGCCAUUCUGCUACCAGCCUCCAAGGCUCAGUCAGAAGUGACUCUGGAGCGCCUGAUUUGGCCACAAGAAACCCAAGAGGGCUCUCAGAGGAAGCUGAAGGGUCUGUUGUGCUACCCUUCUGUGGAAAAAGUGAAGAGACCGGCUUAGUCCCAACAGCAGGCAACAGCACCCUGAGUUCCCCAGUGGCUGACUGUGGCCCCGGAGGGGACACCUUCACCAACCCUUUGUUGCCACUCAUGUCUGAGCAGUUCAAGGCCAAGUUUCCUUUUGGGGGACUCUUAGAUUCAGCCCAGGCCUCAGAGACAUCCAUGCUGCAGCAGCUGGUAGAAAACACUGACAGGAAGGCCGGGGGCCGCAAUGAGUGUGUCAUCUGCCACCGGGUUCUCAGCUGUCAGAGCGCCUUGAAAAUGCACUACCGGAUGCACACCGGGGAGAGGCCCUUCAAGUGUAAGAUCUGUGGCCGGGCUUUCACUACGAAAGGGAACCUUAAGGCCCACUACAGUGUCCACCGGGCUGUGCCCGCACUCAGAGUGCAGCACUCCUGCCCGAUCUGCCAGAAGAAGUUCACAAACGCAGUGGUCCUUCAGCAGCACACCCGAGUGCACAUGGGAGGCCAGGUCCCCAAUACCCCAGCCCCUGACAACUACCCGGAGUCCAUGGAGUCUGACACAGGCUCCUUUGAUGAGAAAAAUUUCAGUGACUUAGACAACUUCUUGGAUGAGAACAUGGAAGAUUGUCCUGAGGGCAGCAUCCCAGACACACCCAAGUCAGCUGGUGCUUCCCAAGACAGCCUGUCAGUGGAGAAUGGGUCCUUGGAAGGGGAUGUACUGACCAACCACUCAUCCUCGGUGGGUGGCGAUUUGGAGAUCCGGAGUGCCAGCAGUCCUGCCAUCUCAGAGUCUACCUCUUUCAUGCCGGCUCUGUCCCCAUGCAACAGCACCCAAGAGUUUCACAAGUCAGCCACUGUUGAGGAGAAGCCGCAAAGAGUGAGGCCAGCUGAGUUCGCCAACGGUCUGUCUCCCUCCCCAGUGAAUGGGGGUGCUUUGGAUUCUAGUCAUGCAGAGAAAACCAUCAAAGAAGAGUCUCUGGGAAUCCUCCUCCCUUUCAGAGACCGGGGUAAGUUUAAAAACACCGCUUGCGACAUUUGUGGCAAAACUUUUGCUUGUCAGAGUGCCUUGGACAUUCACUACAGAAGUCAUACCAAAGAGAGACCGUUCAUUUGCACAGUUUGCAGUCGCGGCUUUUCCACAAAGGGUAAUCUGAAGCAGCACAUGUCCACACAUCAGAUGCGAGAUCUGUCAUCACAGUUCUUUGAGCCCAGUUCCAACCUCGGCCCCAAUCAGAACUCUGCAGUGAUUCCCGCCAGUGCAUUGUCAUCUCUCAUCAAAACGGAGGUCAACGGCUUUGUGCACGUUUCUCCUCAGGACAGUAAGGAUGCCCCCACUAGUCAUGUCCCUUCGGGGCUUCUGUCAUCCUCCUCAGCAUCCCCAGUUCUACUCCCAGCUCUGCCCCGGAGAACUCCCAAACAGCACUAUUGUAACACAUGUGGUAAAACCUUCUCCUCCUCGAGUGCCCUGCAGAUCCACGAGAGAACUCACACUGGAGAGAAACCCUUUGCUUGCACUGUAUGUGGAAGAGCAUUCACGACAAAAGGCAAUCUGAAGGUCCACAUGGGCACACACAUGUAGAAUGGUACCCCUGCUCGCCUUGGCCGUCGGCUCCCUGUGGAUGGCCCCAUGGCAUUUCUAGGCAGUCCUGUCAAGUUCCUAGAAAUGUCCCAGAAGGAUCUGGCAGCAAGGUCAGGAAGCGGGGAUCCGUCCAGUUUUUGGAACCAGUACACAGCAGCACGGUCCAACGGGUUGGCCAUGAAGGGCAACGAGAUCUCUGUCAUUCAGAAUGGUAGCAUCCCUCCAAUUCUUGGAAGCCUGGGCAGCGGGAGCAGCUCACCCGUCAGUGGGCUGACAGGGAAUGUGGAAAAGCUGGAGAAUUCUGAACCCAGUGCUCCUCUGGCUGGCCUGGAGAAAAUGGCGAGAAGCGAGAACAGAACCAGCUUCCGCUUCACCCGCUUCGUGGAUGACAGCAAAGAGAUAGUCACAAGCUAAAGCUGCCCCACCAUUCCACCCAGAACGCCGCCCGAGGUUGCCAACCUCUGCCCCUUCUUACCUACCUUCCGGCUCCUGGGACUAUGAAUUCCAUUAUGAAGACAUUCUUUUGUACUUUGUUCAGCCUCUAGAGUUCUAAGAAAGCCUAUUUAUUAGUGCUGUAACCUUGCUUUGCAAACAGAAUGCAAGCGUUAACUUUGGUCUUCUGUAUUUUGGACUAAAUACUAGUGGAUAGAAUGCUAUAAACUUGCUGUAAUAUUCACGGCAAUGGCAAGUUGCCGUGCCAGGCAGUCCUAGUCUGGCAUUAACUUAGUUUCUAUAUCCAGUUUCAUAUGAAUCUGGUGUUGAUGUAAUGCCUCCGUGAUGCGUUAGAUCUCUAAUAAAGUCUGUAUAUACACUUACA